AAUUAAAUUGAAAUAAUUAAAUUAAUGUAAGUACAUUGAAGAAAUUGGUAGUAAGAUAAAUGAGUUACUUGAAAGGUAGGAUGUUGAUAGUUACUGGAAUAAAGUAAAGAGGAACGGACGUGAGUUUCUCUACUGUUCCGUUCCGUUUCAAACAGCGUUGUUCCCGUGGUGCUGUCCGUUCAAAAUGACGUUGUUGAAAGAGUUGCGUUAAUAUUUUUACAAUUUCAAGAGACAGUAACAGAGAAGUCAAUUUCAAGAGGAUGAUGUAGCAAAUUAGCACACGUGAUAUGCUGGCAUGAAAAGCUAACAUUAACAGGUAACUGCACCCAAAGACAGUAGACAACCCAACAUUUCUGUUGUGUGCGCCAACCAUGCAGACGCCAAUUGCAUGCUGGGACAACUGGGUCGGAGAGGCGCUCGAGACCCUUUACUCUCUCAGACCCAUUUGCCUCCGCAAUAGCCAGCCUCGAGAAUUCGGGGCGGACGAUGGUGCGUUCCAAGUGUUCGACGAAAUGCAGCAGCGGGACCGAUCUUCUGUCGAAGUGGAAAUUGCUGAAACCACGUUUAGUAGAUGGAUGCAUGACACCCCAGUUCUGGAGAUUGGCAUCCUCGAUAGUCUCCGAAGUUGACUACGCCCGAGAAUCACCGUCCGAAACUCCGACUACAUGAUAAUUUAUUUAUUUAUUUAGAAGCCAUAAUAAUUUCUCCUUUAACAUGUGAAACUUAAUAUGCUUUUCCACAAAAUGAAUUGAGGAGAAUUUGUUUUUUAGAAAUCCGUGAAGGAUUGAUAGCCACAUUACUGUCAUUACCAUUAGAGUAUAUUUAGAUACAGAAUUUUAA